GUCAGAAUGGCUUUGACAGGUGGGUACGCCGUCAUUAUGGAAGAAGCAGUAUCCAUACUAACGCAUCCUGCAUCCAGAAGACGCUGUCCCACCCGCUGAAGUGUCAGUCUGUUGCUCUAUACGAUGUAGCACACGAACACACCAAUACUAACAUUGACAACUACUCAUUCUAGCAUGUCAAUUGCCACCCCAAUCAACCUCGCCCUCCUGUCUCUCUUCUCCGUUCUAGUCUAUCUGCACUUCCGUCCCAAGGCUCCAGUCAAGCUCCCGCAACCUCCGCCUCCAAUCGUCUUCCGCACAUUCACACCGGCAACUCUCCUGCCCUUCAACGGUGAAGAUGGCAAACCCGUCUACCUCGCCGUGCGAGGCCGUGUCUUUGACGUAACACCAGGCAGGAACUUCUACGGGCCCGGUGGUCCAUACGAGAAUUUUGCCGGUCGAGAUGCCUCGCGUGGUCUGGCAUGCCAGAGUUUCGAUGAGGAGAUGUUAACGAAGGAUCUCAAGGGUCCCUUGGACGAACUCAAGGAUCUCGACGCCGAGCAGUGGGAGAACCUCGGCAGUUGGGAGGAGAGAUUCUUGGAGAAAUACCUUGUUGUUGGCAAGUUAGUGGCAGAGGGUGAUCCGGAAGCGCUCAAAUCGGAAGCCGAGUAGGUGUUGGUCUGUCACACACAAAAUUGUGCAAUUUAAGUGCAGCCCAGCAACACCAAUUAGCUUACGGGCAGGUGGGAUUUCCGUUUGCAAGAAGGAAAAAUAAACAGUAACAAAAGUUGUAGGAUAUGGGUCCAGGGUUGAAAAAAAGACAAAGGUAACUUCAUGGCUACUAACUGGUUUCCAUUAUUGUGUGAGUUUCAUUUCGUGUUUGUAUAUGUUGAGAUUGGAGUAUUUGAUUACAUAUUUACAUUCAUGGUUCAAGGAUAGCCAGUAAGCCA